CCGGUCGUUCAGUUUCUCUCCAACCGUAUCAGCAAGCGGUCGAUAAAACGGGAAAAUUCGCCAACCGCCAAAACCUGGCGAGAAGGAAAAACUUUUGUGUGUUUUAUGUAGUGCAGUGUAGUGUUGAAGUGUUUGUUCGUCUGGCAGGUGUGAUUAGUGUGGGAGAGGGUUGCUAGUGCGAAUGCCGGACAGCAACCAGCAGCGGAGCUAACGCGCGAAUAAAAUUACAAAAAUCCUUGGCUCAGACCCUGCCGAAUACAUUAAUAUUGUAUGAAGAAAAUGAAAGUUGAAUGUGCUUCACAGAUUGCCACUAGAUCCUGGUGAUUUAUUUUCGAUAAAUCAAGCGAAAUUGAGGAUUUUUUUGGCUAUCGACCCGAAAUUUUAUUUAGAAGAACGCCUAAAUCUUGAAACGUUAGUGAAAAGUUUCCCCAAAAGGCACUUUUCCCUACCAUCGGUCGCAAAGUCAGGCGAGAAGAAAUAAAUUUCCCGAACGUCGCGAGUUGGUGAGUGCUGAGAGCAGAGAGCUUUCGGCCCACGUGAGAUGAAGGGGACCUAAUCAGCUGUCUGGUCGGGACGAUUUUCUCCAACUUCCAUCUGUUCGGUUCUACUAGUAGUAGCUUGGUGUUAGUUUCCCGCGAGCAGCUCGAGAGUUUUGGCCCCAUUUGUGGCAGUGUUGGUUAUCCGGUUUGUUGUGUACGCAAAAAAAGGAAAAGGAAAAAAGCAGCAGCAGCAAAGGAAAGCGUCUAACAGAAGAAACGUGACUUCUGGCCGUGUUCUGUAGCUCUCGUUCGCAAAACACGAUGUUCACCUGUUCUUGAUUGUGGCGAGUAAGAGUAAGGUGUAGGAAACAUUGUGUAAUUUAUGCUGCUGCCACUACCGUUGCCACCGCCGCAGCCGCCGCCAGGAAAACGCCAUCUCACCAUCAUCGCCGCAAAGGACCUGUGAAUACUGGUUUCCUAUUAUUGGCGCGAGCAAAGUAUUCUGAAUGGUUCAAAGGAAAAUGAAAUUUUAGUGGUUUUUCGUGUCCUAGGAAAAGUUUCGCUGUGUUACGAACCGAAGGGUGUAGGGUUGCCAAGCGCUUGUAUGCUAAGUACGUGACGAAUCGGGGCGAACUGUUUUGACGAGGUUGAAUUUUGGCGGUUAAGCACGAGCUCAACUUGAUACAAGGAUUUCACAACUUUACUCUAUCAAGCACAAAAAUCAUCGGAGGAGUGAUAGAAAGAAAAAAAAACCGAACCGGAAGCCAAAAUGAAUCGCUAAUCGUUGUCUAAUCAAGUCUGUCGUCGUAAAACGCUGGGACGUGCCACUCUUCACCUUCUGCUCCACUGAACAGCUGGAAAAAAAACUCGGAAGUGUCCCUUCAACUGACCACGUCUCACCGAAAAAAGUGCUCAAUUCGCGUUAAUAGAGUAAGACCGGAAAGGGAAGCCAGAAGUAGAGCGAACGUCUAAUCCAGCUCUAGCGAGACCAGACGUGUGUCCAAUCUUUCCUUUUACUACUACUUUCGAUACGUUGAGACUGUGAUACCAUCAGUGUCUGUCUUGUAUCGACUUGACGCGGCGUGUCCUCUUACCGGGAAGUCCCGACAGUAGUGACCAGCGAAAAUGCAAACAAUGCCAAAUUAAUAGCCAAACACAUUAACCAUCGGGUCGACGACGACGGGACGGGAAGGUAGUGAGAUGGUAUACAACACCCCUUCGGCGGGGGGAAAAUUUUCUCGGAAGAUAGUGAAAGCGAAUUAAGUGACCGGCAACGAGUUUGAUCGAGUGUAACUAAUUGUGGUCAGAUUUCGUAGAAGAGGGUGAUGUGUCUGCCGUCGUCCGUCGAUGGACAGUUGCUGGCAGUGGUGGUGCUUGUGAGUGCUUAUCUUUGAUAUGAAAAAUGUGAAUAAAUAUGAGCACAUUUUCGUGAAGCAGAUCGAUCUGUUCCGUGUGCGAGUGUUUGUGAAUAGGAAAAAUCAAUAAACGCAGAUUCAUAUUGCGAAUAGGUUUUUCGCGGCUUUUCAGAAGGAGCGAGGCUGUGUAGGCAAACGGAAGCACAAUGACGGAGGCGGAUAACUAUGAUGAUGAGCUAGUUUCGGCAAAUCCGAAUCAGCGCAACUGGCGUGGAAUAUUAAUCGCGUUGCUCGUAAUCAUCGUCGUCCUAGCGCUGAUAGUGACAUCUGUGGUUCUUCUCACGCCUCCAGAUGAAGGACCACGAGUCAAAGGGCAACGGAUAAAACUGCAGGACAUAAUCGACGGAGAAUAUGCUCCCAAAAAGCUCAAUGGAAGUUGGAUCGGAACGGAUGAGUUCCUGUACCAAAAUCACUGGGGAGAAAUUAGUUUGCUCAAUAUGAUCAAUCUCUCGGAGCGAAUUUUGAUGGCCAAUACGACACUGAAAACACUCGCUCCAGCCAAAUUCUCCAUCUCGGCGGACCGAAAGUUUCUCCUGCUGGCGCAAAACAUGAAGAAACUUUUCCGCCAUUCCUUUCUUGCUCAAUUCACCGUCUACGAUAUCACAACCAGCGAAACGAUUCCGCUCACCCUCAAGGCCGACAGUGACGAGUGGCCGUUCCUGUUGCACGCCGAGUUCACCCCCAAAGGCCAGUCGAUAGUGCUGGUGCAUACGUACGACAUCUACUACAAGCCGUCAGCUCGGGCCACCCAAACGUAUCGGCUCACGAAAACCGCCAUUCCCGGUAUCAUCUACAAUGGCGUGCCAGAUUGGCUUUACGAGGAGGAAAUUCUGCAGAGCAAUAAAGCCAUCUGGCUAUCGAACGACGGCCACCUGAUGCUGUACGGCACCUUCAACGAUUCGAUGGUGCAGGAGCAACAGUUUUCCUGGUACGGAAUGGCCAACGGGGAUAUCAACCUUUAUCCGGAGAUUCGCUCGUUAAGAUAUCCUAAGCCAGGCACGAAGAAUCCCACCAUCACGCUGAAAGUGGCCGACUUGGCGGAUCCCAAGAGCAUACGAACCCGGGAACUGACGCCACCGCCGAUCCUGUUGAAUCAGGAACACUACUUCACUAGUGCAGCCUGGGUAUCGCAAACCGAGGUCAGUGUUGUAUGGAUGAACCGACCGCAGAAUCUAUCGGUGGUGACACUGUGCAAAAGUCCGAUGUGGUACUGUCAGGAGACCCACCGGAUUAGUGGUGAUGGACGUGGAUGGGUGGAUGAGAUGUCGGUUCCGUUCUUCAGUCAAAAUGGAAGCUCAUAUAUUGCGAUUUCGCCACUACGCGAUGGAGCGGCAGGACACUUCCGCCAUCUGGUACAUGUGCACAUCGGCAAAAAACGAAUCAUUCCAUUGACGCACGGUCGCUUCGAGGUGAACAAAAUACUCCACUGGGACCAAGCCAACAAUUUUGUCUAUUACUUGGGAGUACCGGAACAUUCACCCGGCCAGCAACAUCUGUACCGGGCCUCGUCACUGCCACCGAAACAGGGUACAUCACCUCGCGCGCCACGAUGUUUGACCUGCAGCCACCAGCACAGUAGCAACGCUCAUCUUUCCAUGGUGAAGGCUUCGAACCGGGUCCAGCAGCAGUGGAACGACGACUGGGAGGAUACCGAGGAGGAAGAAGAAGAGUAUAUUGAAAUGCCUCCGACAACGGAAGCAACGAAAGCGAAAUGGAACCCUGACGAUCCAUCGGUCGUCGUCCCGCAGGCACCGUGUCAAUUCUUUACGGCUACCUUUGCCCCCAACAGCAACGAAUUUGCUCUAAUCGAAUGUCUCGGCCCAGUGGUGCCAUUCAGUGCCAUCUAUCGGAUUAGUUUCGAUCCGAACAAGAGUCCUACGCAGGUGCUGUUCUAUUUGCAAAACAACACGGCACUGGUGGAUCGCGUCUCAAGGGUCGCGCUGCCACAGGUGAAAUCUUUUCCGGUUAUGAUCUCCGGUGGGUAUCAUGCCCAGGUGCGACUGUUUUUACCGCCCGGACUGAGAGAGGACGAAAUCACGCAGUAUCCGAUGAUUGUGCAUGUCUAUUCCGGUCCUGGUACACAACUGGUGACCGACAAGUGGCGCAUCGAUUGGAACACAUAUCUCGCCGGUACGAAGGAUUACAUCGUAACACAGAUCGACGGUCGGGGCUCUAGUGGACAGGGGUAUCAACUUCUGCACGAGGUUUACCGCCGGCUCGGUACUGUGGAGGUAUCCGAUCAGCUUGAAGUAGCCGAAUAUCUGCGAGACAGUUUGCAUUUUGUUGAUAAACGACGCGUCGGUAUAUGGGGAUGGAGCUACGGUGGUUACACGGCAACCCUAGCGAUGGCUAGCCCAACUACACUAUUCCAGUGUGGUAUCAGCGUCGCGCCUGUUACUAAUUGGAAGCUGUAUGACUCGGCGUACUCGGAGCGCUACAUGGGGCUUCCGAACGUGACAGACAAUUAUAAGGGCUACGAGGAUAGCGAUUUAUCAAAACAUGCUGAAAAGCUGCGUGAUAAACAAUUUCUUAUGGUCCAUGGUACGGCAGAUGAUAAUGUGCAUUUCCAGCAGAGCAUGGUGUUCUCGAAGACGCUCUCGGCGAAGGGAGCCCUCUACAAGCAACUAAUAUACCCGGACGAGGGUCACAACCUGGCCGGGGUGAAGCGGCAUCUCUACCGAUCGAUGACGAUAUUCUUCGAGGAUUGCUUUCGGAAGCUGGUACCACAGGACGUGAAAGCCGGACUGGGCAACGGUGGAUCGAGUGAUUAAUACUUGCUGGAUUACUUCGGUACCACUGACUCAGCGUCAAGUUUCAUGUAAAAGUUUCUUCCUUUUUCUUCAAGCACAGGUAGCGUAGCCAUCCGCAUAUUAGCAGCUCUAAGAGUAGAAUGUUACUUAGUAGAGUGGUUCCAGCAUUUCGGGCACAUUCGGCUGGCUAGCAAGCAGCAGAAAGGAAGGAACCACUCGGUACUUAGUGUUUUUCAAACGUUGCUCCAAAAGACAACACACUACUUACCAGUAGACACUACGAUAGAUUUGAAGUCUUGAAGAAAAGAAAUCUCAUUCACCAUCAGCGAUUCGAUUCAGUAGGAAACUUUAGAUGUAAACUUGUAGCCGAUUUGAGCAACUUGCAUAGUGCUACCAGAGGUAAGGGAAUUUUCUGAAUGGAUAAAGAACCUUGUUCCAGCGACUGACCCAGUUAUCGGAAGGGGAGAGUAGGAAAACGAGAGCAAAUCAUGGUUGUGACAAAAUUCAAACAGGAUGAAAUUAGGGACAAUUGUAGACUCCGAGAGACUACCGCAAUAAAUCCUCUUCGAUAAUUCUGCUCGACGAAUAUAAGAACUAUAGCUAGAGAAUAAUAUCAUGUUGUGUCCAACAUUAAUUUUAUAGUUUCCGUUCUUUAUUCUAUAUCUACAUGCAUAUUUGAGAAAAACAAGGAAACGCCGAUACGCCGCUUGAAUUUAUUUUAAAUAAAAUUAAAAUCGUUUCCAAACUCUCUUUGAAACUACAUAACCGUGAUAUAUCCAGAGCUGAUGAGUGACAACGAGCCAGCACGAGCAAAAAAAAAACUAAGAGAAAACCAACAGAAGUGGCGUAAAAUAAGCAAAUUACGCCCUUGUCCCUCUGCUUCAGCAUAAAAUUAAAUUUCCGAAAUUAAAAUAUAAAACGAUUCAUAAAUAGGCAUUAGGCAAAUUUGAACCAGAAGAACGGCUAGUGAGAGUGCCCCUCGCUCAGAGCCUAAUAUAAAUAUUAAUUAAUAAGUAAUUUUGAUGCGCAUAGUAGUAGGAGGCAAGGGAGAAAUGUAAAUUCAAAAACAAGAAUUAUCUCGUAUCUUAUGGAGCAACAGGAAGAGAAAAAAAAUGAAAAAUGGACCGAAAGUAAUAUCUAUUCUAUGAAAAGAAUGGUGAAACAACCAACCAAGACAAUAUCCUUUUACUUACUAAGCUCUCUAACGAUGCUCUACGUAGGCGCGCAGUAGAUUGAAUCCAUUUAUCACUAUGUCGUCCUUUCCCGAACCGUCGCCGAACCGAAAGGUACGCGAAGAGGAAUCGCGCGGCGUGGAAAUCCUGCAGGUAAUUAGUGUCUCAACUUUUAGAUGCCCCCGGAUCUGUGACCUUAACUCGGUGCGAGGGCGUGAAACGGAUUUUCUCACCUGCCGCGCCGUGGUCUUACCGCGUGUUAUAAUGGUACCGUACCGUCGCUGGGAAAAGGGUGCAUUCAGCCGAACCGGGAUCAAGCCUUGGGGUUCGAGCCGGCCGCGAUGAAGCGAUAAUCUUCCAUGGUAAACAGAUAGCUUCAUCUUCGGGACUGAGGAAUGGUUUGUUUGACUAAUAGUAAUUAACUUUCUAUAGUGUUUGCAUAUUCGUUAUUUCGAUGUUAAAAUUAUGGGUGCAAUCGGACCGUCCAGUUGAUUUGUUUGGUUUGUAAAAUAUGGUUAAUGAUGAUGGUAAACCAACAUUUCGAAACCGUUAAUUAAGCAGUAUGCGUUUCUGGUGGAAAAACGGAAAAUUAGCAUUAGUUUACUAUGGAAGGUAUGAGUAUGAGUGAUCUUCAUACGUCCUACUGGGAGACGUAUAUAAAUGUGCCAAUGGCAUGCAUGGGAAAAAGUGACCAUCGAAUUUAGUAACCGGACACACCUGAAAAACAUUAGCACCUCUCAAAAAGUCCCUAUGCGAAAUUCGGGGUCGGUCAUGAUUAAAGGAUCGCACAAAACAGUCAAAGUGCAAACACAAAAAGAGCAUUUGAAUAUUUGAGAAUCGAAUUUAUAUUUUUGGCGCUAGUCUUAGAAUGUCAUGGAAUGUCGAAAUCUAGUAUCAUCUUAACAAAAAAAAAUUGGGAUAGCUUUUAUGGGACUUGUAAAAUUUUAGAAUUGAAUUAAGAUAUGGGUUUGGAAGGUAACUUUAUUUUUUUAAGUUGCUAAGAAAAUCUAUAUCAUCCAGUCAUAUAGCAAGGGAAGACAGAUGACCUCAUUAUUGCUUAAAGAUUCUCUGACAUGUCUUUAUAGCUUUUAAUGUUUCUUGACCCCACCAUUUUCAAGUAAAAUUAGUUUUGAAACCUUUCAUGCGCUAGAAAAAAGUUGGGCAUGAAAGGGUUAAGGACCGCCCCAAAACCGCUUUACCCAAUUUGCUACGCACAAUAAAUGUUUCUAAGACAACAAAUCUCCACAUCUACUGCCCUAAUGCAGUCGUAUAUUUUGCCAAAAGCGGAUUUUAAAUAGUAUUUAAAACUAAUUGGUGAUCGCGCCGCCGAUCUCUACUUUGUGGGCAGCGAUGCAGACACGGUAGUCUUUUAUAAAAUACUUGUCGUUUGCCUGCUUAAAAUAGGAUGACACAACGUUAAUCUAAUCUGGGCGCACUUUCAAGAUACCCAUAGCGGCUGAAUAUUUCUGUGUCAGUUCUUUGGAAUGGGUCUGAUGAACCUGAUCAAUCUGAAAUGUCGUAUAGUUAUUCCUAAUUGUAACAGCUAGUUCGUCGGUGAAAACAUUUUUAUUGCAUUUUUCUAUUUUCCCGACCGGUAAUGCCAAUUUGUGCUACAUAAGAAAACUUAGUUGGGCAACCACUUUCCUAGAACCCCAGUGUCCCAAAAUAUUUGCCAACUAAAUAAACUUCUUCUGACGACAAGUGAAAAUAUCACAGCAAUAAGCAUGUUUUGAAAAAAAUCUAUUUUAAUAGUAAAUAUAAGUUUUCGAUAAAAAAAAUGGUUGGGCUGAUAUUUUGGUAAUAAGCGAGGGCUACCAGGGUCGUUUGAAUGCCAACUAAUGACUUUUGCGUCAUAUCUGGUAUCACUUAUAACUUGGGAAUGGGCUGAUAAAAUAUGUUCUGUCACAAAACACGGACUGCAGGGCUCAUGAACUAUAUUUCGCUAGAACAUUGCCAGCCUGGGAAAAAUGCUGAAGCAGGUCAUAAUGGAAUUCUAUUAUAUUCAGCACCCUCUAUUACCAUGCAAACAAGCCAAGCGUACACGAUAUCUGCGCUGCUCACCAAGUCGAGGAUACACCAACAAAAAAUUUGCAUUUUGCUUUAUGCGGAUGCUGUAGUAUUGUUGCUGACGGUUGUUGCCCGAUUUCACAGUAGAGACUGAACCGGCCCGGUGUUGCUAUUUUGCUAUCGCCGCAGAGACGUGGUGUAUGGUGUUGCCAUCGGUGUUCGUUGGUCGCUUCGAGAGGUAUCACGCGCUGUGAACCUCGCAUUCCCGCUCAAUAGACAUGUGUUGUACGAGUAUCGGGCUGAUGUUUUGGUAGUAUGCAAGGGACACUACGGUUAUUUGAAAGCCGAAGAGUGAGGUCUGGUCAAUCAAAAUCAAUACUUUGGAGUGGUAAUCCGUAUGAGGUCCUAGAAAUACGGACUACAAAUCCAAAGUAGUACAUAUUCAACUCUCAAAUCUCAAACGUCAUGCUGUUAUACCUUUCCUUAUAAAUAAGCACAUAUAAUCGACAAUGGCUUACCACUUUAAAGGUCUCAAGUAGGACAAUAAAAAAGGAUUUUUUUUUUGAAAAUUCUACCACGGCGUAAUCCAGUGAAGCUCUGUUCCAUUCGUUUUUCAAAUAAUGAUUCAUAACAGCUUGGUAGGAAACUUGUAAAAUUUCUUAUUCUACUCCCCAGUUCAGUCCCCUAGAACAAAUCGAUGGACAAAAAACCUAAAAAUCCUAAAAAAAACUUUUAUUUAAAAAAAUGUCCCCAAUUUUUUUUCCAAAACUUAUUUAUAAUAUAGAAAUAUCUUUUUUCAAAACCUAUUUUUUUCUUUUAUAUCAGAUCUGACAACAAGCCUUAACCUAAUUGACGAGACUUCGUAGAAUAAUUAGCUUCGACAGUUGCAAUUUCAAUCGAAUUAUAAGGGCUUUUUCCCGGUAUAAAAUGACGGUAACUCGCACUGGUCUCCAGUCACCCGAGACAGGUUUCUGUCAACGAAAACUAUUGAACAAUCUAGCGUCUUUUUGCAAAGUUAGACAGAUUUUCCAAGUCGAAUUUAAUUCGGGCCGGAUCCGGUGCAUUAUAGUUGCAUGGUAGGAGUUUAAUUGAAAAUUCCAUCAUUGUCGAGCGUGAGUCGCUGGAGACGUUACUUGUAGGAGCAUCGCGAAUGAAAUUCUGUGCAAAAUCAGAAUCUGGACAAACUUUUCGGACAAAAAUCCAACGAUUCGAGAAUCCUUGUCUCAGCAUACAAUUUUACACUUUCAUUCGUGUAAUAUUACAUGUCAUUCAUUUUACAGCAGUAUUCGAGUAAAAAUAAAGUGAAGUACAUUGGUUUUCCCUUUAAAGAAAGUGUAAUUUUCAAUCCACGUGUAAAAUUAUUAUAAAAUUCGUUGAAGAAAGCACGACAAGUCGUGUGUAUUUGUGGUGCAACAUAAUUUUACAUUUAUAUUCAAGCUCCAAAUAUGUGCAUGAAAAUAAACUUAGAAUUACAAAAUAUUUUUCUCUGUGUUAUAUUUAUUAUAACCCUCAUAAUUUUUGUCUAUUCCUUCGUAUUCUUUCAGUUGCACUUUGCGUCGGGUUCCAAGCCUGUACAUAAAUAUGAAUGUCAAACAGGAUUCGUCUUUAAACACUCCGACUUCCCGCUUAAAGUCAAACACAUUGAACUGAGAAGGACCGAUCUUCUUUCGAGUCAAAGAUAGUCCAUAAAGUAUUCUGAAAAUUUCGAUAGAACUGACACAAACAUUUUCAUCUGUGCCAAAUAUCUCAAAAGUUUGCCAAGAUAAUCAGAAUUAUGACAUUUUCUCUAAAACUAAUGACGAUUCUGGCGACAUGCCUUCUAUUAAGAACUACUACAUAUACAUGGCCGCUCACAAAGUUGACAUUGAUGGUGUAGUCACCGAGUGAAAUUUAUCGUUCUACUGAAGUACGGGAUUAGCUGCUUCAAGGACCCAUUGCUCCAUUGAUUUUAAGUAGCAAUCGCACUGGACCCAUCCCAAGAAGAUCCUUCACACCCGUGUCAGGUGACCUUUGGUGGUAUUGCUUUGUGUUUGAUUACGUCUUUUUCCGCAAGUAUCUUCUGCCUGUUCGAUUGCUUAUAACCACGCGUCAUUCAUUGCAGCAUUACACUAAUUGCAAGCAAAUGGGCCUUUGAAGCAAUAAGACUCGGUGUGUCUUUUGUAGGGAGAGGUCAUAUGAUCUAGUACCAUGUCAGCGUACCAACAAUGCCAGAGGAAUAUGAAGCGUUCCCUUACACAACGCUUUAAGUACUCUUUCGAGGAAAUAGUAAAAGAAGUUUCGUCACUCUUCAGUCACCACGACAAAUCAAUAUGGUCGCCAAAUAUAUCAGCUGAAGGAAGCUCUGGCACAAAGCCAAAAAAAAACAACUCCUGCUCCAAUAUGAAGUUCAUGCCGAACUUAAGCCUUCGGGGCCCCCGUUAACCUCCAGAAACAGGUCUGACUGGUUCCCUCCAAUGUCUUCUCUAAAACUUGCGCGAACAUCCAAUUGGUGCAGCUGGCGGAAUGCUCCCUCACGUCAUACCUGGCUAUAACUAGAUCUUGACAAAAUCUAGGAUGUAUGCAAGUCGUUGGCUACGGCGUCGCGUACUGCUUCACCUAGAUGAAUGUCUGUACCAAGUCCCCUCCGAAAUGCGAAAUGGCGAUGAUCGAGAAGAUCCUUUUUCUCGAGGAGGGUCUGUUUACCAUACUUCCCAUCGUCUCCCCAAAGUAGGGAAGGAGAGGGAUGAGUCUGAAGUCAUUCGGACUCCCAGUUCCCUGGCAUUUCUUCGGGAUGGAAACCUUGAGUCAGUUCUCCGGUUGACUGGGAAGCUUACGAGAAAGUUGAUCUUUCUUUCCACCAGAUCGGUGCCCAAUUCCAUCGACUCAGACGGCAGGUCACAUCUGGUUCCUGGGCUGGCCAUCUAUUAGAGGUUAGACCCUUUAACAGGCUUCCAAGUGUAACGGUGACCGAACCACGGAUCAGCAUGUGCGUUUCUUGGACUGCAAGGUAGAUGGGCGUGGACUGAGCAGUAAUGCAUUGGAGGUGUCCUAAAUUUGUUCUCAGGCCAUCUAGGUUCACUGGAUUGCCAGUGUGCAGAUUAUUCCGUCGGCUAGUGGAGCUGGAAGUUCUAAUCCUCGCAGAUCUGCUGGAUCUAAUUAGGCUAGAUCUUAUUGAAGUCGGUAGGACGGGUGCCGACGAGUGGGCCGCAGGAGUGCGUUCAGUGGACCUUUGACCUGUUGCUGGGCGGGGUUAAAGCGACGACAAUUGGGUUCUGAAGGGUCCUGUAAUGAUAGGGACUUAUCCGGGAGGGUCCAGAAUUUCCUGCGUGAACUCAUCCAAUAACUGUGGCAUUUCCUGACACUGGUAAGUGAAUUUUGUAUGCGCAAUAAGUAGGUUUUGUUAUUGGCGGAUAGGAGCCUUAUGUUUACUUUGAUGACGGCGGCGGAAUUUCUCUCCGUAGCGAUGUCCGUUACGUGAGCCAAUCUGCUCCAAUUUUUGUCACGAUAUAGUCGGAUAUUCCACGGCGCUGAAACUAUCCUACUGUGAAUUCCCCAAUGGUAGAUUUCCCCCGAUACCGAUGUUCGUUUCCGUGAGUCAUUUAGCUCCCCACUUCGUCGUGAUCUACUCGAUCUAGUCCCCGGAGUUAGACCUAGCCUACUCAACGAGCCAGCCAGUAGGUACUGAGCAGGGUUGUUAAUCGAUAAUUAAUCGUCAUCGUCGAUAACGUUAACCACCCGUCAACGUCAUCGGAAACUCCGUUAACGAUAAUUUAUCGUCGCCUUCAUCGUCAUCGUCGAUAAUUGUAUCGUCGUUUUCAUCGUCAUCGAAGGUUCAUCGGUUAUCGCGAUACAUUUUGCGUUACUUUCUCGUUUAUUGGGGUUGAAGUUGAUGCGGUUAACUUUCAAUUGUUUAGAAAUAAAUAACUAUUGAAGGACAUGUUGUUGGCAGUAGAAAAUCAAUAGUUUUGGACAUUUUUUAUGCACAGGGGGGGAGGGGGGGUCCGACGAUGUGUCAAAAUGGAAUUUUUUGUCAACUUUUCGGGAGAGUUUUAUAUUGAAGGGAAAGUUAUUGGCAGUUGACAAUCAAUAGUUUUGGACAUUUUCAAUACACAAGGGGCUCGACGAUGUGUCAAAAUGGAUUUUUUCAACUUUUGAGGAAAGUUUGUUAUAUUGAAGAAGUUAUUGGUAAGUGGAAAUCAAUAGUUUUGGACAUUUUCAAUGUACCG